CUCGCCCCACGCUCAGAGCAGCUGGUCACAUGAGCUUGAAUUUUCAGUUCAGUUCAUUAGUCAGCCAUUUUGGUCAACACCCUGCUUACUGCGCACAACCAAUCCUAGCAGCACUCGCUGCCCUGCCUGAGCUGGCAAGAAAGGCACCAGCAGCUUCAUUUCAGCUAACCUGGAGAUCUUUUUCUACGUUCUUCCUUUGUUUUUGCUUGGGUAGCCAUCAGAGGAAGCCCUUUUUUUUCUUCCUCCUGCAUUUUUUUUUCUUUUAAUAUUUUUUUUAAUCUUUUUUUUUUUUCCAUCUUUGAUGCAGAAGCCAGGUUUCCUGUGGUUGCUUAGGAUCAAUAGCCUUUAGCGUUAUCUGAAGACAACGACAGCUGACGAAGAGGAGGGAGGAACAGACGAGCGUGAAGGAGCAGCAUUUUUACCUUGCUUUAUAUAUGAAAAGGCCAAAGCAGUCUGUGCGAUCCUGAGCAUAUCUGACCUAUAAUAGCAAGGUAUUUCUUGUUUUCUUCUUCCGAAAGCCCUUCUUCUUAGUUCUUUUUUCCCUGUUGUUGUCGUACCAGCUGAGUCAUCAUGUCUGCUCUGACGCCUCAAAGCGACAUGCCAACCCCCACCACCGACAAGAUCACUCAGGCUGCCAUGGAGACCAUCUAUCUUUGCAAAUUCCGAGUGUCCAUGGACGGAGAAUGGCUCUGCUUGCGCGAGCUGGAUGACAUCUCGCUGACCCCCGACCCAGAGCCUACCCAUGAAGAUCCUAAUUAUCUCAUGGCUAAUGAACGCAUGAACCUGAUGAACAUGGCAAAACUGAGUAUCAAGGGGUUGAUCGAAUCAGCACUUAAUCUGGGCAGGACGCUGGACUCUGACUAUGCACCUCUUCAGCAGUUCUUCGUUGUGAUGGAGCAUUGCCUUAAACAUGGCUUGAAAGCUAAAAAGACUUUUCUUGGGCAAAAUAAGUCAUUCUGGGGACCUUUAGAACUAGUAGAAAAACUUGUUCCUGAAGCUGCAGAGAUUACAGCAAGUGUUAAGGAUCUCCCAGGUCUGAAGACACCUGUGGGUAGAGGAAGAGCUUGGCUUCGCCUUGCUCUAAUGCAGAAGAAACUUUCAGAGUACAUGAAAGCCUUGAUUAACAGAAAGGAUCUUCUCAGUGAAUUUUAUGAGCCUAAUGCACUGAUGAUGGAAGAAGAAGGUGCGAUCAUUGCUGGCCUCCUCGUAGGUUUGAAUGUCAUUGAUGCAAACUUCUGCAUGAAAGGAGAAGACCUGGAUUCACAGGUUGGAGUUAUUGAUUUCUCAAUGUAUUUGAAAGAUGGAAACAGCACAAAAGGCAGUGAAGGAGAUGGUCAGAUAACUGCUAUUUUGGACCAGAAGAAUUAUGUAGAAGAACUCAAUAGGCACUUAAGUGCUACAGUAAACAACCUGCAGGCCAAAGUGGACGCCUUAGAAAAGUCCAACACUAAAUUGACUGAGGAGCUUGCUGUUGCAAACAACAGGAUUAUUACACUGCAAGAAGAGAUGGAACGAGUUAAAGAAGAAAGUUCUUACAUCUUGGAGUCCAAUCGUAAGGUCGCUAAAGACAGAACUGCAGAUGGACAGGCACUGACUGAGGCACGAAAACAGUUAAAGGAGGAGACUCAGCUGCGGCUGGAUGUGGAAAAGGAACUGGAGGCACAGAUUGGGAUGAGACAGGAGAUGGAGUUAGCCAUGAAGAUGCUGGAGAAAGAUGUCUGCGAGAAGCAAGAUGCACUGGUGGCACUCAGACAGCAACUGGAUGAUCUCAGGGCCCUGAAGCAUGAACUGUCUUUCAAGCUGCAGAGUUCAGACAUGGGAGUGAAACAGAAGAGUGAACUGAAUAGCCGUUUAGAAGAAAAAACAAAUCAGAUGGCUGCUACCAUCAAACAGCUUGAACAAAGAUUGCGGCAGGCGGAGAAAGACCGUCAGUUGGCACAGCAGGACAACCGUCUCUUCAAGCAGGAGUUUGGGGACAAAAUCAACAGCCUCCAGCUAGAAGUGGAAGAGCUCUCCAGGCAGCGGAGCCACCUUGAAAUCGAACUGAAGCGGGAAAGAGAGAGAUGGUCGCACAGUCACCAAAGCAGCCAAGGAAGCAAAAAAGGCCCAAAGAAUUGGUUAAAACCGGAUGGGAAGCUCAAAAUCCAAGAGGAAAAUGCCAAACUGAAACAGCCCCCGAGAGAGGAAAACAGUGUCCUGCCACAUAAGUUACAGAGCAGCACUCAGGAGGAGCAGGUUGGUGAUGCCUUUUCUUGCAUUCAAAUACUAGUGAGUGUGCUGGGGGAGCUCCUGGGUCACUACAGUGCUGCUUAUCUCAGUAGAAAGGCUUUUAGUUGUCAGCGCUGCAUUUAUGCGAGUCUAUUUCAUUCCCUCAACAAAAGUGUGUUAUUUUUGAACUAAUAUUAAAUCCUUUUGUAAUUCCUUUGCCCCAUGCCUUUUCUGGGUUAGUGUCUUGAAAAAGAACAAGGAAGGCAUACUUUUGUAUUUUGUGAAAAUGGCAGUGUGUAACAUCCUUGGUCUGGGUUAGGGUUUUGCAAGUUCCUUUGGAGCCUACAGGGGAAGAGUUAUUUGUUUGUGUUUGGUUGGCUGCUUCUGUGUAUGUCAAAUUGACCCAAGCGUGCUCUUUCUCCCUUGGGUGCCUGGCAAAGCCUGGCUAGAGCCACCAACUCUCAACAGGAUGCUACAAUGCACAUUUAGUCCCAUCUACCAGGAAUUUCUACCAUCAUCACCAGUUAUUCCUGGUGAAAAAAGAGAUUUUGUUCCCCACAGUCCCUGCCUUGCUGCUGGGCCCAGUAAUCUCUGCGUAGGUCUGUAAACAAAGCUGCAUAGUGCGUGGCUUGCAGAGCUGUACCGUGCUUCUUGGUCCACCCUUGGAACUCAGGUUUGCCAGCUGGGCUGAGUGCUGAAGAGGAGAGGGUGACUUUUUAGGACUCAGCCUCUUAGUUGAUUUUGGUUACUUCUAAGCUUUUUAGUGAGGGACAGCAAAAGGUAAUACCACUAUUACUUCAGAUUUUAGUGCAGCUGUCCUGCAAAUAAAUGUGUUAGUCCUGUGUGGCUUCCUGGUGCACUGUGUAAAAGGGAGGGCUUAAAAACACAACAGUGUGAAGUCUUCAUCCCUGUUAUAAAAUAAGGCUCAUCCACAGAGCUUUGCUACCAAAGCCAUGGAAAGCAGGCAAAUAAAGCAGAAUGUGUUGGCUUUUAUUGUGGGUUCAGGAACAGCAGCCAUCAGGACCUGGAAAUGCUCAGAUCUGCCAGCUCUGCCAGGAAGAAAGCAGCCGAAGCAAGAAAAAGAAUAUCUGCAAGAACUGUGGUGGUAUCUUCUGUGAAGCCUGUUCAGCACACGAGCUGCCCCUCCCGUCCAGUAUUAACCCAGAGCGUGUCUGCAAUCCCUGUCACAAGCAACUCAUCCAGCAGUAUUCCAACAGUCCCUUGUAGGAGGCAGGCUGCAGAGUGUGGUGAGACCAUAAAUUGUUGUAGCAGGUGAUUGUCUCUGGAGUUGUUCAAGGGGAAUUUGAAGACGCUUACCUGUGUUGUUUGGAGGGGGAAAGCAGCUUUAUGCUGUUGUAGUCAAGAGACUGCAAACAGAACACCCUGAGCUUCCCCUCUACAAAAAUCUGCCAGCUCUCUGACCUGGGCUUGUGCUGAGGAGAACUGCUUGAGGAAUGUCACACCAAGUGGCCGUAAGGCGUGAUCAGGCAGCCUUAGGAUGCUGCAAGAACAGAGCCCCCACCCAAGAAAGAGCCAUGUGUCUGUGUGUGCAAGGCAGGAGCAUGUCAAGUGAGGGCAUGCUGCUGCUAAGCAAUGGCUCACUAAAAGCAAAAUGAGAGCAUUUUCUAAUCCUCAUGUCUGGCUGCACUUGAAACACCAUUUCCCCUUUUCCUGCUGUCUUUGACAAUCUGGCUCAACUGUGCUCCUUCAGUGCCAGGAAUCCAGGUAACAAUACCAACGACAACAAAAAAAAGCAUUUUCUGACACUGUUCUUUGAUCCAGUCCUUCAGCAGUAAGCUUGCUAUGCAAAUCAUUAUCAAACAAAGCUGUGAAAUGAUCCUUUAUUUUUAGGGACUUCAGAGAGGGCUAAGAUUUUCUUUUUUGGUGUGUGUGACGUUGGAGAACUGAUCCACACUGAUCCAGCACACAAAUGUUUAAAGGCAUCUCUGAUCUUCCUACUGGAGACCCUCACUGUGACUUCGUGACCACAAAAUGGUGGCCAAUCCAAAGAGCUACAGAACCUCUAUCUUGAUGCUCUGGGGGAAUAGGAGUUCCAACGGUUUAGUUACAAAUUACCAUUGCACAGAGGGUUUAAGGCCACGUCUUCGCACCUCUCUCCUUUGUGUACAUAAAAAAGUGAUUUUAAUACAGCUGGUAUUUCACUGGUUUUGCAUUAGAUCAAAAUGAAAGUGAGAUGAACUCAACAGUGCUUUUCACCUUUAAGAUAUAUCCUGAUGUAAAACAGUUUUAAAAGUUUUCAUACUUUGUGCUACAUCAAUCUUUGUUGCUGUGACUUCAAGGACACGUUACUCCAAAAGUAUUGGUGACUUCCUCAUAAAGCACAUAUGCUUCACGUCAGUUUAUUUGCUCUAUCUGAUACUGGAAGCCUACUUCAGACUUCAGGGCCACAGGAUGUUUUGUAAACUAUAGAAAAUUGAUGUAUUUAUAAGUGACAAAGGCAUCUGGCUCUAAGCUACUAUCCCCUAAUAAAAUUUGUGUAAUUCCUCAGAGGAAUUCAUUAGACUGGCUGGAACUGCACUAAAAAGUAUAUCAGAGUUGGGGUUUUUCACAUGGUUGGUGCUGGAGUUAGUUUGUCCCAGAAAUUUUUCUUUCCUAGUUCCUUGCAGGCCUCAGUGUAUUCAGCUGUCCAAGUGCUCCACCUCCUCUCAUUGCCCUUCAUAGACAGAGCACUAAACAAAGGGGAGCAAGCUUCAGAGUUUUCCUUUUUCUGCCCUUUGUGGUAGUUACCUUGCUGCUAUCCUUUAAAGUAGGCAAGAAAUUGUGAGUGGUGUUGAAAUUUGAGAAGCGUAGAAUUCAAGUGUAGGCAAACACUGCUUUCACAGGGUGAGAUGCCAUAGCUAAGGCACAAGAUACCAAAUUUGUAAGUUUUGUGUACACACUGGUACACACUUAAGAGAUUGCAAAUUCCUGCAUCCAAAUCCAGAGAGACCCAUUCUGCAGGAGAAAGUCUGACCCAGGCAAUUUCAGUGCUGAAGGAUUUAACUGGAAACCAGGCACUUACUGUGAAGUAACUUUAAUGCUGGUACAUCCGAGCAAUUUCACAGCUCUGAAGUGACAGCUUAUCUGCGACCUCUACAUGACUUCCCACUGUUCAGCAGGAGUGGCUGCUGCAAUUCUUGCUUUGAAGUGAAGGCUAAAAUGAUCUUUAUGUCUUUAUUCUUUAUUCUGCUUAUCUUUAAAGCAGAACAGUUCUCAAGCAGGUCCUUUACAGUUACAAUAUGCAAACAGCCCUUUACAGAGGCAGCUGAAAAUCCUUCAAAAUAGGGCUCUGGUUGAUGUAAUUAAAACUGGCAUUUGAAAAGGUGUGAGAUGAUGAUGUCAGCUAUCUGUGUUCACACACAACUUCUUCCUGAUUUCUUUGACUCAGUGAAGGGCUCUGCUUUUAAGUACUGGUUGUUGUGCUUUAUGAUGCUGCAAAUGUUCAAGGCACAUUUGCUCACAUACUGGUGGUAAUGCUGAAUUUUUGGUUUUAUACCUGGACAUUUGGAGUGGGGGGAGCAGAUAGCAGUUUUUCUGGUAUUAAUUUUGUUCCACAUGUAGUAAUAAAAACUUUCUCAUCUGG